UGAAUCUUGCGUGGAAGUGACUGGAACUGACCUUUAGUUUUUCAUAGAAAACAUUAAUAUCUAAAAUAAAAAAACGUGUAUCAAGCAUAAGUAUAUCAGCGUGUACAUACUACUCACUACGUUGUAAAAAAUAAGGAGAGAGAUAGCAAGUUAAAUAUAUAUUUAUCACAAAGCCAAAAAGCUUUUAUAUUAAUUAGUACCUGUUAAAAGACAUUGUUUAUAAUUUUUUAAUAAUAUUGCUCAUAUAUCUGUACAAGUAUAUAUAUAUAAUAUUUAUAAAUUAUUCAACAUGUCUGAAAAAUACGACACUGGUAAAGUAAGUGAUGAAAGUGGAGAUGAAGACUCUACUAACCAAGCUCUCAAAUUCAGACUGCCUCCCAUAGAAAUAGGUCCAAACGAAAACCGUUUACAAUAUGGUUAUACAUUAUGGUAUAGUAGAAGAUCUGUUGGCAAACAAAGUGAUAGACGUUAUGCUGAAAAUUUAAAAUUCAUUGGACGAUUUGGUAGUGUCGAACAAUUUUGGUCACUCUACAGUCAUUUAUCAAGACCAUCGGAACUCAUACCUUCGUCGGAUUUUCAUCUAUUCAAAAAUGGAAUAAAACCUAUGUGGGAAGAUUUAGCUAAUAGACAAGGUGGAAGAUGGGCAGUCACAUUGAGAAAAGGUUCAGUAGAUCGUUGCUGGGAGAAUCUUAUCCUAGCGAUGUUGGGAGAACAGUUUAUGGUCGGUGAAGAAAUAUGUGGAGCUGUUGUAUCUGUAAGAUUUCAGGAAGACAAAGUAUGUGUAUGGAAUAAAACCUCGUCGGAUACAGCAACGACCGGUCGUAUUAAAGAAACUCUUCGACGUGUACUACAGUUACCUUCUGAUACAUUAAUGGAUUAUAAACCGCAUAAUGAAAGACUUAAACACGCAAUUAUUAAAAGCCAAAGUGAUGGGACAGUUAAACAAACUUUUUAAAAGUUUUGUUCAACGACUGAUAAUAGGACAUGAUCAUAAAAAUUUAACUUCGAAAUGUAUUAAAUUUCAAGUUUUCGUAAAAAAUUAAAAUUAAAAAUAAAAACAUUGUGAUGUCAAGAAAUAAAUACGCAGAUAUUCUAUAGCGCACAGCGUAUUACUGUUGAGCACAAAAAAUUUGAAAAAAAAAUUUGUUAUGACCUUUAUAUAAAAAAAAAAAAAUGGAAACAGUAUAUAUUGAUUUUGUAAAA